ACAAGACAAAAGAAAAAAGAGAAGUGCACGGGUGGUGUGGCCGUACCAUUUGCUCGUACGCACGGCACUUGGUCAGUUGGUCUCCUCCACUCCGGCUUGGGUCUUCCGUUCCAAGGCGAAAGCCACAGCCGGCGCCCGGCGGACAGCCCUCAGGCCAGCCAGCAAGCAAGCUGCCAAAGCAACAAGAGCAGGCGUGAUCGGAGGCGCCAGCAGAGAAAAGAAAACAACACCGAGUGGCGCCGAAGCCGGCCUACGAGGAAGAAGCUAGGGAGCAGCAGCAGCCCAGCGCAGCGAGGCAGCCAGCAGCGGCAGAGUCCCGAGGGGAGGGGCGAUGUCGGGGCGGCGGCCGGCGACGUGGGAGCAGCAGGCCGCCGACGACUACGACUACCUGUUCAAGGUGGUGCUGGUGGGCGACUCCGGCGUGGGCAAGUCCAACCUCCUCUCUCGCUUCACCCGCAACACCUUCUCCCUCGACUCCAAGUCCACCAUCGGCGUCGAGUUCGCCACCCGCACCAUCCAGGUGGACGGGAAGACGAUCAAGGCGCAGAUCUGGGACACGGCGGGGCAAGAGCGGUACCGCGCCGUAACCAGCGCCUACUACCGGGGCGCGGUGGGGGCGCUGCUGGUGUACGACGUGACCAAGUCCGCCACGUUCGGCAACGCGGCGCGGUGGCUCCGCGAGCUCCGGGACCACGCCGACGGCCGCGGCACCGCCGUCAUGCUCGUCGGCAACAAGACCGACCUCGCGAAGCAGCGCGGCGGCCUCCGCGCCGUGCCCCGCGGGGACGGCGCCGCGCUCGCGGAGCGGGAAGGGCUCUCGUUCGUCGAGACCUCCGCGCUCGACGCCACCAACGUCGACGCCGCGUUCGUGACCCUGCUCACCGAGAUCUACCGCGCCGUCAGAAGGAAGGCGCUGGCCGCCGCCGCGGCGGAUAAUAAGGAGGACGACGAGGUGGCGGCCGCGGUCGGGGAGGGGCAGGUGAUCCAGGUGUCGUCGCCCGGCGACUCCCGCGGCCUCACGACGCGGUGCUGCGCGUUCUAGCCAUGCCUGCCACGCUUGUAUAGUGAAAUAUUAGUGAUCGUCAGCAACAUUGGCUAUUUCUUCGUGGUUACAGGAGACGGCAAAUUCACUGUUAUUACUACUUCUUUGAACCACUGUCAAGUGCUGGAGUAUUCAUCACUGUUUUAAUUAAUUCCAUGGGGAGUAAAAUUCAUGAACGCUCAUACACAAUGAUGUCAUCUGUUUGAAUCUCGGAGCUA